UGAUGGGCCAAGCGGCCGUACCAUAUGGAGAGGGAGGAGGGGGGGGACGGGACGGUGGCUGCUAUGUUUAGGUUCAAUUGCUUCCUUGCCCGGUGACUCCCCCUCUCUAAUCUGGAGCGGAGUCCGGUAUCGCAGCACAGACACGCCGCAGGGAGUGUGCAGGCUCACGCUGGCCGAGAUCUCAGCUGGCUGAACUGAGACAAGCCGAGACAAGUGCGGGCGCUGCUCUCACCGCGGAAGCGCUGAGCUGUAAGAAGGGCAACACCUGCCGGGCUACAUUGUAAGCGAAGAUAUUCGUGGUGAUACAACAGUAGCGGCGAACAUGUCUAAGGAAGAACUCGUCAGCGAGGAAAUCGUGGAGUCCAAAGUGAUGUGGUACCCCGACUCCAAGAAGAACACACACAUGGACCGCUUCAGGAAUCUCAUCAAUGAGAAGUUUGGUACCCAGUUGGCCAAUUAUAAUGAAUUGUAUCAGUGGUCGAUUGAGAACUACCCGGAGUUUUGGGCAGAAUUUUGGAAAUUUAGUGGAGUGGUUUACUCUCAUCAUUACAAUGAGGUGAUUGACAGGACAAAAGGAAUUGCAGAUGUCCCCGAAUGGUUCAAAGGAAGUAGAUUAAACUAUGCAGAAAAUCUUCUGAAGCAUAAAGAUGAUGACAAAGUGGCUCUUUAUUCAGCAUCGGAAGGCAAGGAGGAGAUUGUCAAAGUGACGUUUGGAGAGCUAAAGAGAGAUGUGGCUUUGUACGCUGCAGCUCUCCGAAAGAUGGGAGUGAAGAUAGGUGACAGAGUUGUUGGUUAUCUGCCGAAUGGUAUUCACGCAGUAGAAGCCAUGUUAGCAACAGCCAGCAUUGGUGCCAUUUGGAGUGCAACCGCUCCAGAUUUUGGUGUAAAUGGUGUACUGGACAGAAUCUCACAGAUCCAAUCAAAACUUAUUUUUUCAGUUGAAGCAGUUGUCUACAAUGGUAAAGAACAUGAUCACAUGGAGAAGCUGCAGAAUGUGGUGAAAGGUUUGCCCGAUUUGAAGAAGGUAGUGGUAAUUCCAUAUGUACGAUCAAAAGAGGCCAUUGACCUGUCCAGGAUACCAAACAGCAUGUUUAUAGAUGAAUUCCUUGCCACUGGAAAGGAAGGAGACCAUGGUCCACAGCUGGAGUUUGAGCAGCUGCCCUUCAACCAUCCACUUUUCAUCAUGUAUUCUUCUGGUACAACAGGGGCACCGAAAUGCAUGGUACACUCGGCUGGGGGCACGCUCAUCCAGCACCUGAAGGAGCACAUUCUCCAUGGCAACACAAGCAGCAGUGAUGUCAUUAUCUACUACUCUACAAUUGGCUGGAUGAUGUGGAACUGGCUUGUAUCAGCUCUUGCUACAGGAGCCUCUGUUGUUCUAUAUGAUGGAUCUCCUCUUGUUCCCUCUCCAAAUGUGCUGUGGGACUUGGUUGACAAGCUUGGAAUUACUAUACUUGGGACUGGUGCAAAAUGGCUGGCUGUUCUAGAAGAAAAAAAUCUAAAACCAGGUGAAACUCACAGUCUACAGACACUACACACCAUUCUGUCAACUGGGUCUCCUCUCAAACCUCUAACUUAUGAUUAUGUCUACAAGCACAUCAAGAGUAAUAUCCUGUUAGGCUCAAUCACAGGUGGUACAGACAUCAUUUCAUGUUUCAUGGGUCAGAACUUCACCAUCCCAAUCUACAGAGGAGAGAUACAAGCAAGGAACCUAGGGAUGGCUGUGGAAAUUUGGAACGAAGAAAGGCAAGUUCUGUGGGGAGAAAGUGGAGAGCUGGUGUGUACCAAACCCAUUCCAUGUCAACCUACACAUUUCUGGAAUGAUGAAAGUGGCAGCAAGUACCACAAGGCCUACUUUGCUAAAUUUCCAGGUGUUUGGGCCCAUGGUGACUACGCUAAGAUAAAUCCAAAAACCGGAGGAAUUGUAAUGCUCGGUCGAAGUGAUGGCACUUUGAAUCCAAAUGGAGUGAGAUUUGGAAGCUCUGAAAUCUACCACAUUGUUGAAGCCUUUGAGGAAGUUAUGGACAGUCUCUGUGUCCCACAGUAUACCAAGGAUGGUGAGGAAAGAGUCAUUCUUUUCUUGAAAAUGGCCUCCAAUCAGGUUUUCACAGCAGACCUGGUGAAGAGGAUAAGAUAUGCCAUUCGUUUGGCUUUAUCAGCUAGACAUGUGCCUGCCUUUAUCCUGGAGACUAAAGAUAUCCCGUACACUAUUAGUGGAAAGAAGGUAGAAGUGGCAGUGAAGCAGGUUAUCGCUGGCAAGGACGUGAAGCAGCGGAGCGCCUUCUCAAACCCAGGAUCUCUUGACCUUUACAAGAAUAUCCCUGAACUCCAGAACUUCUGAGCGUUUUAUGUACAUAUGUGCAAAAUAAGUUUUAUUUAACAGAGUAACUAUGUCACUGGGAAGAUAUUUGGUUCAAUUUUGCAUUUGAUUAUGUUUUUCUAUGCUCCCUCAACAUAGAAUAUACUUUGAAACCUGGACUGGCAGUAGUGCAGACAUAAUAUGGGCAGCUUUAUUCAAACCCAACAUCUGGGAUACUGACAUGAUCUGGUGCAACACUGAUUUUACAUUCUAUUGAUUCCAAUGGAGAAUAAUAUUGGAUAGGAUGUAAAAUCAGCAUUCCACCCAAUCUCAUGGAUUUCCUGGAUAUAGUUGCCUGAUCGAUGCAAACACUUACUUUGAACAUGAACUUCCUGAACUUGGAUAUGAAAUACAAUAAUGGUUGAUGAAAUCACGAUAUUGUAACUUAUAUUUGAUCUUUUAAAUUAAUUAGAAUUUAAUGGAUGUUUGUUUUUCUUUAUUGAGCAUUAAGUCUGGAGACCUUGGUGUUACUAUUAUGGACAAGAUGUUUUUCUCAUCUGUACCAGUGUUAUGUGACAUUUGAUGGAAAUAAUUUCAUAUUGUAAAACACAUAGUGGACUUGCACUACACAGUUACAUGUUGCAUACGGAUUGUUUAUUGGGCAAGAUCUAUCAGGUACUAUAAUGCAAGACUGCUUUUAGUUUGGAAGGUACCAUUUACUGGGAAGAAAUGUAACUGUUUAACCCUGAGAUGGUCAUUGACCUUGACAAGAAAUCAGUGUAGACCAAAAUUACCCUGACUCCAUGUUAAACAGAUAAAACAAUGGUAACAAUGUAAAAAUUAGGUAUAGCAAGCACAGCAGUAGUUUCCUUGCUUUUGCCUUUGUCCCCAUUUCUCAGUUGGUAGCUCAGAAUAUGUUUGAAAAAUGUACGCUUGUCUGUGUCUUAGAACGUUUUCUAAUGCAUAUUAGCAAUGACUCUGCUUGUUUUAUAUCCAGGGCUACUAGGUUUUUUACUGAUCGUAUUAAAGGUGAGCUUACCUUUCGGAAUGCCAUAGGUGGCAAAUCUUGUUGUUUUGUACAUUCUUUGUGGUGGUGCAUGAUCUUCUAAUGUUUGCAAAGCUGUCCAUUUCCGUGCUGCAGCUCCAGUAAUUGAUGUACAAGAUAAUGCAUUUUAUCUUCGCUGCAUAUGUUUUAAGCCUGAAUCUCUGUAAAUUGUAUGUUCCUUUGAGAAUAAAAUUUCAUACCACAAA